CUCUGGGUGAUGGGAAGGCUGGACACUCUCCCGGCCAGGGACCCUAGCGGGACUUGAUUUGGAGGAAGGGCACAGGAAAAGACCGCUACCUAGUUCAUCCUUGAACUGGUUUUCCUCAGCAAUGCUGUUCAUUCUUUGCAUCACUCAACGAAAAGAAUAUCUAUAUCAUGAAUCCACUGUGUGCGAGGUGACUUCAGCCUGGGAAGUAAUUCUGAGAAAAACCUUCCUGCCUCGGGCUUGAUUCCACUAAGUAUAUCCCACCUCCAGGACUGGCAGGAGGGGAAAUGGAGGAGGCCAACCUGAGAAAGAGGAGAGAGGAGGAGAAGUCGAUCCAGAGCAACGAACCCAAGACCACAAACCUCCAAAAGGAGCUGGGCCUGUUCAGUGGCAUCUGCAUCAUCGUGGGCACCAUCAUCGGCUCCGGGAUCUUCAUUUCCCCCAAAUCUGUGCUCAGCAACACGGAGGCUGUGGGGCCCAGUCUCAUCGUAUGGGCGGCUUGUGGGAUUCUUGCGACACUGGGGGCUCUGUGCUUCGCGGAGCUUGGCACAAUGAUCACCAAGUCGGGGGGCGAGUACCCUUACCUGAUGGAGGCCUUUGGCCCCAUUCCUGCCUAUCUCUUUUCCUGGACCAGCCUGUUCGUCACAAAGCCCUCGUCCUUUGCCAUCAUCUGUCUGAGCUUCUCUGAGUACGUUUCUGCACCCUUCUACUCAGGCUGCAGCCCUCCUCAAAUUGUCGUUAAAUGCCUGGCUGCUGCUGCCAUCUUGCUCAUCACCAUAGUGAACGCGCUGAGCGUGCGGCUGGGGAGCUACGUCCAGAACGUGUUCACAGCAGCUAAGCUGGUGAUCGUGGCCAUCAUCAUCAUCAGUGGACUUGUCCUCCUGGCCCAAGGAAAUACAAGGAAUUUUGAAAAUUCUUUUGAGGGCCCAAAACUGUCUGUGGGAGCCAUCAGUCUGGCAUUUUAUAAUGGACUCUGGGCGUAUGAUGGAUGGAAUCAACUCAACUAUAUAACAGAAGAACUUAAAAACCCUUUCAGAAACCUGCCCCUGGCCAUCAUCAUUGGGAUCCUGCUGGUGACAGGGUGCUACAUCCUCAUGAACGUCUCCUACUUCACUGUGAUGACAGCCACCGAGCUCCUGCAGUCCCAGGCUGUGGCCGUGACGUUUGGUGACCGCGUCCUGUACCCCGCUUCCUGGGUCGUUCCACUCUUCGUGGCAAUUUCGACCAUCGGAGCUGCUAAUGGGACCUGCUUUACUUCGGGCAGACUUGUUUACGUUGCAAGCCGGGAAGGCCACAUGCUUAAAGUCCUCUCUUACGUUAGCGUCAAGCACCUCACUCCAGCCCCGGCCAUCAUCUUUUAUGGCAUCAUAACAACCAUUUAUAUCAUCCCUGGGGACAUAAACUCAUUAGUCAAUUACUUCAGUUUUGCUGCAUGGCUGUUUUAUGGCCUGACGAUCUUUGGACUGAUUGUGAUGAGGUUUACAAGGAAAGAACUGGAAAGGCCUAUCAAGGUGCCCAUUUUCAUCCCCAUCUUGGUGACUCUCUUAUCCGUGUUUUUGGUUUUGGCUCCAAUCAUCACCCAGCCUGCAUGGGAGUAUCUCUACUGUGUGUUAUUCAUACUCAGUGGCCUUCUGUUUUACUUCCUUUUCGUCCACUAUAAGUUUCGAUGGGCUCAGAAGAUCUCAAAGGGGCAUACAAGGCACCAAAGAGCGAAACCCAACUGCAAGGUGGAGAAGCUGGGCCCCGCGACUGAGCCAGCUCCCUCCUCCGUGUCCUCACCUGUGCAAUCUGGUACCACCCCUCACCUGACAGUGGUGUUACAAACAAGAACGAAUCUGUUUCCUGCUGAUUAACAAAGUGAAACCAAAACCAAAA